UUUCAAGUAUUCCUGUUUCUUUAAAAGGAGCACCUGCAGCUCCGUUAGUUCAUUCAAGCCUGAGAAGUUGUGAGGAGGAAAAACUAUGGCAUCGACAACCGCUCAACCUGUGGGAAAUUUGCCGAGCGGAGUCGGCAUAUGCACAACGGCGCCAGAUAUUUUCUAUCUCCCCGAACUCAUCUUUGGCGGUCUUGUGUGGAUCCUGGUCGCCUCCACGCACGUCAUUCCGACCAACCCGCAGGGAUGGGUGAUGUUCGUAUCGGUCUUCUGUUUUGUGAUGACGUUUCUCUGGCUGGUGAUCUUCGCCUGCGGGGGACACAGAAACAGCGGGGGAUGGGCAACCGCGGAUAUGGUGUACCAUGCUCUGGCAACAUUCUUCUACCUCAGUGCCGCAGUUUCUUUGGCUAAAACAACUAUUGAUUAUCAGGGUGACAGCAACAACUUCAAGACAUACCAAAUUGACAUUGCUGCAGUUGUGUUCUCAUACGUGGCCACCCUGUUCUACUUCAUCCACUUCCUUCUGUCAGCUAUCAGGUGGAGGUCCUUCUAAAUGUUUCCAGGCCCAGAUAGGGAAUGCUGAGGGUCAGAGGACGGAGUGUAUUAUGGGACAGGGGACUGCCCUGUUUUUGUGCUUGACUAAGACAGAAUUAUUUUCAGAAUGAGCAAAAUCAGCCCCCUUGGUAUGGUAAAGCAAUAAAACAUGUAACAUUACAUGUAUGUAAUACAUCAUAUAUAUAUUCAGAAAAGAAUCUGGCAGUGAUGGUACAAGGAAAAACCUUGAGUUCUUUCAGUUUUUAUGAAUAUAAAAGUUCUUAUUUGUUUUGUUUAAAACGAAAAGGGCAGUUCCAAUGUCAUUUGUAUUUCUUAAAAAAAUGUAUGUAUUUUUUCCAGAAAAUCCAGCCAUUUUCCUG